AUGGACGUAUGCAAAGCGAUAACAACUCCCAACACUCUAUGGUCAUUCUGCCCCUCAAUAGCACCUUCGAUUCUUUUCAUUGUCUUGUUUGCCUUGACGUUAAUCACCCACAUUGGGCAAGCCGUCUACUACCGAAAGCCGUACAGUUGGAUCAUCAUCAUGUCUGCUCUGUGGCAGACUUUGACCUAUAUAUUUCGCACCAUAAGCAUACAAAAUCCUGCAAGCUAUGGUAACUACGCCGCCUGGUUUGUUCUGAUCCUUGUGGCACCUCUUUGGACCAACGCUUAUGCUUAUACACUCUUUGGGCGAAUGGUCUGGGCCUACACAGCAACUCAUAAACUGUGGCGGAUCAAAGCUUGGCAGUUUGGGUUCAUCUUUAUUCUUUUGGAUAUUGUCGCAUUUGUUGUACAAGUGGUAGGCGCAGUCCAGGCCACCGGUUCGAAUACAACCGACCAGCAAGUCCUAAACGGCCUGCAUAUAUACAUGGGCGGAGUUGGCCUUCAACUUGUGUUCAUUCUUAUUUUUUGCAUAUAUGCACUGCGAUUCUAUCUUGAAACCCGACAAAGUCCAGAUGCGAGACAAGCCCAAGUCCUAUUCUAUGCUCAAAUUUUGGCCUUAGCUAUGAUUGUCCUCCGCAUUAUUUUUCGCAUAUGCGAGUAUUCUCAGGGCCUGGACAGCAAAAUCCCCAACCACGAGGCAUACCAAUAUUGUCUUGACUCGUUACCUAUGUUUAUUGCACUCGUGGUCUAUAAUGUAGUGCAUCCAGGUCGCAUUAUGCGAGGAAAAUCUAGAGAUAUGCCUUCAUCUGAAUCUUGUGUCUCAUAA